AUGUCCUCCACCCACCAAGCCGCAGUCCUCCCAGGAAAGGGCGAACCUCUGAUCGUCCAGGACGUGGAGACCCCAAUCCCCGGGCCUCGCGAACUUCUCAUCUCAGUCAGCGCCAUUGCCUUCAACCCCGUCGACUUCAUCAUGAAAGACUUCGGCUUCAUGAUCGCGGCAUACCCGGCAAUCAUUGGAUCCGAUAUCGCCGGCACAGUCGAAGCCCUCGGCAGCGACAUUCCUGCCUCCUCGCCCUUCAAGCCCGGCGUCCGCGUCCUGGGCUUUGCCCCGGCGUUUGUCCAUGGCGGUAAGCCUAAAUACGGCGGUUUCCAAAAGAAAGUCGUCCUCCCCAUCGAAUGCGCGUGCCACAUCCCUUCGACCCUCCCCUUCACCAACGCGGCAACCCUGCCCAUGGCCGUCCUCACAGCCUGGACGGGCUUCACCACGCUGGGCUUCCCCACGACGACCACCGCGGUAUUCUCACCGGGAGACAGUGACGGCCCCAAACCAAAGCCCGGCCUCCUCAUCUGGGGCGCCUCCUCCAGCGUCGGCAUGUCCGCCAUCCAAGUCGCCGCCCACUUAGGCUUCCCCGCCAUCUACGCGACCUCUCGCCCACGGCACCACGCCCAACUGCUCGCCCUCGGCGCGACCCGCGCGUUUGACUACACCUCCGCCGGCGUGGUCGAGGAGAUCAUCGCAGCGGCAAAAUCAGACACUGUAGCUCUGAAAACCGCGUACCGCGCCACGGGCGACCUGAAGCCCGCGGUCGACGUGGUCGCUGCGUUCGGCGCCGGCGGGGGCGGCAAAGUUGCCUCCGCGCCGCAGCUUGACGAGACCACGCCGCGGCAUGAGGGCGUGGAAGUCAAGUUCGUCAUGGGCCCGCAGGAACCCGUCGCUGUGGCGAGGCAUCUUGAAUUCGUGCUCCACGAGUGGUUGGCCCCGAGGUUGCAGGCCGGAAACUUUGUGCCGGCGCCGAAGGCACGGGUGGUGGAUAAGGGUUUGGGCGCCGUGGACGUGGCGUUGGAUAUCCUCAAGGGUGGCGUGAGUGGGGAGAAGUUGGUCGUGGAGGUGUAA